CGACUGCGUAGCUCCGUAAAUCAAUCUAAUCUGCGUCAAUUUCGCUUCCUUUGACAAGCUCAUAUCCAGUGACAACACAGCGGCGGAACUCAUCACCUCUCAGCUUGCCGCUACGAUGGCACCAAGCGCGAUUCCAGUCGAGUCACAAAUCGAGCGCGCUGGUAGCACACUCAGCAACGAUGCCAUCAACGCCCUCAAGCGAAAAGUCUUUGCCUCACAAGACAUCUCAAACACCACCCGCGUCGAGACCAAGCAGCCCUUCGACAUCAUAAGCAGCACCAUCCAAUUCCGCAAACCCGAACAUCAAUUCUGGUGGGAUAAAACCGGCAGCCAACUCGCCUUGUUGCUCAACUACGCCGGCUACUCCAAAGCAGAACAGUACACCGAGCUCCUCUUCUACGCCAUCCACAUUGUCCCCGAGCUGGGCCCCACGCCCGACUCAAAUGGCCAUCUGCGCUGGAAAAGCCCGCAGACACCGGACGGUACACCGCUCGACCUGUCAUGGGAGUGGGGUCUCGAGGGCAAGGGCGUGGUCCGGACGUCGUUCGAGCCGAUCGGGCCUUUGGCGGGCACGGAAGCGGAUCCGUUCAACCGAUACGAGACAGAUGCGUGGAUCAAGCACCUGGACAGCCAGGGUCUGGUGACGGGUCUGGAUCUGGAGUGGUACAAUCACUUCAUGGCUGCUGUGCUGCCGAGCGAGCUGGGCCGCGUGAAGAUGACGGAGAAACUGAACUUUGAGCUUGCGCCUGUUGCGGGGACGUUUGUCACGAGGGACAUCGACCGGACUGGGCCGAUUAUCAAGCUGUACAUCUUCCCUGGGCUGCGGGCGCAGGAGAUGGGCGUGUCGAAUCUUGAGGUUGUGGUGGGCGCGAUUCGGGCGCUGCCAGAGGAGCAAUACGCGUCGCUGAGGUGCGAGCCUAUGCUGGAGUAUCUCCAUGAGGCGGCGGCAAAGUGGAAGAUGGAUGUCGGCAUCUUCUCAUUCGAUUUGAUUUCCCCGCAGCAGUCGCGCAUCAAGAUAUAUACACGUGCGCCGAACACGUCUGUUGAGUAUCUCAUGGAUGCACUCACGUUGGGAGGGAGAUACGAUAUGGGGAUGUACAGUGCGGAGGCGAUCGCAGACGUGAAAGACUUCUGGCGCAUCUUCAUUGGAGAUGCACCGGCGGAAUUGCCAUCCGAGGUCGAGCGCGCGGGUCCGGGAUUCUACUUCACUGUCAAGGCGGGUAAGCCGACGACGCCCAAGGUGUACAUCUCACCUGCAUCGUUUUGUAAGAACGACGCGGAGGUUCUGCAGCGACUGCGCAGGUACUUUGCCACGAGGAGGAACGCAGAUAAGAUGCUGCCGCAGAUGGACAACUAUGAGGAAGCGUUGAGAAAAAUUUAUGGAGAGGAGUUCCUCGAGAGCACUGGGGAUAUCCAUUUCUACGUUAGCUGUGCCCUGGCAAAGGACCAGCUGCGGGUGGUUACGUAUUUGUGCCCCCAGACACUGGCCCGAGAAGAAGAGGCGCGGAGGAAGCUGGGUGGAUGAGAUGGUGCUCACCAG